AUGUUGAUGGAUGAAGUUGACGUUAUUAGUCAAGAACAACAUCCUUUGGAAACGACAACCACCACCAUUAUUAAUGAUAAUUAUGAUGAUCUAAUUGUACGUUUACCAGAUCCAAUUACUAUUCGUGGUUCUGGACACGUUACAGUCUUUGCAUUAAAUAAUAAAUUUGAUGAUGAAUAUCCGCAACAGUUAACGGCGCGAGUAGCAAGGGAUGAAUAUAGUGAAACAAUUAAACGUGUCAAUACUAUUCUAAGAAAAAAUGUACCAAUUAAUUUCAAAUGGUUAUUGUGUGGGUGUAUCUGUUGCUGCUGCACAAUUGGUCUGUCAAUGUGUCCCGUGUUUUGUUUAAAUAAACGUUCAAAACAUGCAGUGAAUAAAAUACUUGAAUGGGAAAAUCAACGUCUUUAUCAUAUAUUAGGUUUACAUUGGAAAUUAGAUAAACAAAAAUGUCAAAACAAUGCUGUUCAAGAAUAUGUAUUAAUGAUCGAAUUUCGUCCAAAAUCAACAUUAAUAAGACCAGAUUGA